UGGACAGACCCCAUGAGCAGACUAUUGAAGAGUUUCUGCAUUGCUGCCAUUCCUGCUGGGGGUAGCUGAUUGCAGCACAGAAAGAUGGCAGGAGGGAUCUUCUCCAAUGUGGGCAACCUGUUUGAGGAGGACUGCUCUAACCUCCACCCCCUUGUGUGUCACCUGUGCCAUGAGCAGUACAAGUCUCCAUGUUUACUAGACUGCUACCAUAUCUUCUGCGCCCGUUGUCUGCGAGGUCGGACCAAUGACUGCUGCCUCAGCUGCCCCCUCUGUGGAUACAACUCAAUGAUAAAAGGAAAUAAUGCCCUCCCACCAGAGGAUCGUCUGCUGAAGUUCCUUGUGGACAAUAACGCAGAUGUGGAGGAGACAGCGCUGUGUGCCAACUGUGACCAAGAAAGCAACAAAGACACAGGACUGAUGUACUACUGUAACACUUGCAACCAGCCACUUUGUGCCACCUGCCGAGAGCUAACACACAAGGCCAGAAUGUUUUCCCAUCACGAGAUUGUGUCGCUGGCCAAACGCACCAAAGCUAAACACAGAAAAUGCUCUCUGCACGAGGAACCCUACAUCCUUUUCUCGACGGAAAACAAAUCUAUGCUUUGCAUCAAAUGUUUCCGAGACAUGCAAGUGGAGAGUCGAACUCACUGCAUUGAUAUUGAAACAGCUUAUGCACAGGGGUGUGAGAUGUUGGACCAGGCAGUACUGGUGGUGAAGGAGCUGCAGACUUCAACUGGAGAAGCGAUCCAUCUGCUAAGAGCAAUGAUCGGGGAAGUGCAUUUGAAUGUGGAGGAAGAAGAAAGUGCAAUCUGUAGUCUUUUCAACAGUUUGCAGAGUCUCCAGACAGAGAUCCAGAAUCUAAAGGACCAGGUCCAGGAGCUGCACAGAGAUCUGACCAAACACCAUUCCAUCAUCAACACAGAUAAAAUGGGAGAAAUCUUGGACAGGUCCCUGCAUAUUGACAACCAGAUUGCUGCUCAGUACUCCACUGUGGACACAAUGAGGGUUAUGUUUGAGGAGAUCUGGGAUGAAACUUUGCAGAUGGUUAACAAUGAGCAGGAGAUUUAUGAAGCUCAGCUUCAUGACCUGAUGCAGCUGAAACAGGAGAACUCUUAUUUAACAACAAUUGCCAGACAGAUCAGCCCCUACAUCAUGUCAAUUGCUAAAGUCAAAGAGAGGCUUGAGCCCAGGUUUCAGGAGCCUAAAGAGCAUCUUGAUGACAGAACUGAAACAAUGCUGAAAAUCUAUGAAGACAGCACAGUGCCAAAGGACAGUCAAGACAGUCAAAACCAGAGUUAUGUCACGGAUCAAGACAAAAACAAGAACAACCGCAACCUGAUGCUGGAGCCGGUAGAGACUUCCAUCAAGAGCAGUCGAGCAAGUGGCGCGACGCGGCUCUGUGGAGAUGUCCAGUAAAAAUGACAUUCUUUCAUAAACACCAUGUCAUUUCAAAUCUCAGCCUGGUCUCUUCCCCAGUGGAUCAGCAUGCCUUAAUACAGCCAUAACAAGCUCAGGGUGGUAUAUGAUGUCCUGCCUGCCCAAAUACAGUACAGUACAUGACAUUUUCUAUACAGCUGUCAACAGUUCCAAGGUGAGACCUUGGUUCCACAUUAACUGGAUGUACUUGAAGGCUGACAACUCAAAGAUGUCAGAGCAUAAAGUUGAGAAAUCUUCUGUUCAAAGAGAGCAUGGCACUGAAAAGAAAAAUCACUUUAU